CUCGCCUGGAUCGUUUAAUACGCCUGCGCCGAUCUGUUUACAAAACCGCUUCAUCAGAGAGGCGCUGCUUGUCGCCUCAUUGAUUCUGUCAGAAGGUCAGACUUUUUCUGCGGCCCGAUGCUGGCUCUGUCCAGGUCUUCGACAGCUUUGAGGUGGAGGCUGUCCCUGCGCUGCUCUGCCCUCCCUCUGGGGAGCACUACCGUGAGCAGCGAGCCCUCCACCGCAACCUGGCCGCAGUUUCUAAGAACCCAGACUGCUCUGUUUCACCAAAGUAAAGCCAAAGCCAGUCCCGACCCAAACAAGCCCGCUUCAGUGUUGUCCGGGCUGGAGGGGGAACUGUUUGGGAUGGGGAUGUGGUCGUUGGGUCUGGGCGCUGUCGGAGCUGCGCUAGCCGGGAUCUUCCUGGCCAACACUGAUCUGUGUCUGCAGAAAACUGCCAACGCAACGCUGGAGCACCUCGAAGAUACUGACCUGCGCUCCACCAUUGACAAUGACAAGGUCGUCAAAGCAAACAGCCUGUGGGAGAUGAACGGGGCUGUGGUCAUGGCCGUACGACGACCUGGAUGAUUUUUGUGCAGAGAGGAGGCCUCUGAGCUGUCCUCUCUGAAGCCCCAGCUGGAAGAGCUUGGGGUCCCUCUGGUCGCUGUGGUGAAGGAGAACGUCGGCACAGAGAUCCAGGACUUCAGACCGCACUUCGCUGGGGACGUCUACAUAGACGAACAGAAACGCUUCUACGGCCCGCUGCAGAGGAAGAUGGGGGGUCUGGGGUUCAUUCGCCUCGGAGUGUGGCAGAACUUCUUGCGGGCCUGGAGGUCCGGUUACCAGGGCAACAUGAACGGCGAGGGCUUCAUCCUGGGGGGAGUGUUUGUCAUCGGGCCGGGAGACCAGGGGAUUCUCCUGGAACACCGCGAGAAGGAGUUCGGCGAUAAAGUGGACACUGCAGAUGUUUUAGAGGCCGUUAAGAAAAUUGUACCAGUGAAAUAAGUUUUUUUUUUUUUUUUUUUGUCCUAACAUCAAUGGCAAAAGGUAAAGGCAUUUAGA